AUGGCCUGCCUGGAUGCCGGCAGGCAGCCGCACCGCCGGAGCGGAAACAGGCACUCCCGGGGAUCCCGUCCCCGGGCGCGGCACUCUGCGCGCCAGGCGCUGCUCAGCGAGGAGGACGUGGUGUUCGCGGAGGAGGGGCUGUGCGCGGCCGAGGGCGGCCCGGCGUGGUCGCUGUACUGCCUCUGCGACGGCCACGGCGGGGCGGAGGCCGCAAACUAUGUGCGGCGCAAUCUUCGGUCUAUCCUGGUGCCGCUUUUGCCAUGUGUGGGGCAUGAUUGCGGGGGCGAAGAAUUUGAAAAAUUUGCAACACAAGUUAGAGGGGCAGUCAUCAAGGCAUAUGUGCGUAUUGGCUAUCAAUUCAAAGUGGAGUAUCCUGGCAACAAAUCUGGCACACGAGUGGGAAAAGGGGAAUCUGCCCAUUUCACCUAG